AUGGUGCGUGAGCGUAUCAAUUCCAUCCGACCUGGGAUAACCGAAGGAGGCCCGCACCCCAUAGACGGAACGAUCAUUUUUCCUCUAGUAGACCCCACGCGGAUAUUACGUCCGCACCGUGAUGCCCUCAUUCUAUCCUUGGGGAUAGACAAAUUCGACGUAAGACGCAUCUUAAUUGACCCAGGUAGCUCAGCUGAUCUGGUGCAAGCAUCAGUCAUAAGCCACAUGGGACACAACUUAGUCGGUCUCGAAAACCCUGGAAGGAUUUUGUCCGGAUUCAACGGGGCAUCAACUACCUCAUUGGGAGACAUUGUGCUACCAGUCCAAGCUGGCCCAGUCACUCUCAACGUUCAAUUUUCGGUAGUCCAAGAUCUAUCACCCUUCAAUGUUAUCUUGGGACGCACAUGGCUACACUGUAUGAAGGCCAUCCCCUCCACAUAUCAUCAGAUGGUGAGCUUUCUCACUGAAGAUGGGCAAACCAACCUAUACGGCAGCCAGCUAGCCGCUCGCCAAUGCUACCAGAUAGCAAGAGAAGCAGGGACCAGUCGGGAGAAUGAACCCCUCCCCGAAUCCACCCAUGCGCUCGACCAAUAGCAGUCACUGUAUCCGGCGGACAGAGAUCCCCCGGCAGCAGAUCCCUUACAAACAGUACAAA